AUGAGUAUGGACGAAUUAUUUAACGAUCAGAGUGACGAUGGGACCCUUACCAAUGGGGAAGACACACGAGUAAACCCAAAUCAGAUGUUGGCUGCCAAUUAUGCCAAGCUCGUUACGAUGAUGACAACUCCAUCUGGAGCUAGGACUAGAGAUAGAACAGAUAUUCGUGAUAUAACCUGUUUUAAGUGUGAUAAUAAGGGUUAUUACAUAAGAGAUUGUGUGAUGGAAAGAACUAACCAUUGGAACGAGAUACCAACCGUAUGGUCGAACUUGAGCCGACAGAAAGACUGGUCCGGCAUAGGAAGGAUGUUUGCGAAACCAUACCGCUGA